AUGAUGCUCGUCGUCCAUCGACGCCCAGCGAGCCGAGGAGCUGCUGUCUUGUUGACGAGAAGAAAGGCCACCACCACAACGACCCACUGGCCGCCAGCGGCGUCCGGCGGCUACACCGCCGCCAUCCUGGAUGAUUCUGCUUUCCGAAAACCUUGGGAAAAGGAUCUCAUCAAGUCGUGCGCCAAGCGCAAGCAGGUGAGAGUGAGUCUCGAGUCGAUACUCGACGUCUCGACUGGCGAGAGGCCAUGGAGGGCCUCUUUCGGUGCGGCCAACCCGGACGUGUCGGCCGGCCCAGAACCAGAACUCGGACGGAGGGCAUGCACGAGUUACGUUUCGGACGCCGAGAGACGGAAGAUAGCAGAGGGCCAGCUGCAGAGCGCGCAGUACCUUCACCGGGAGCUGCCGGUCAGAUUAGCGCAGGCGGUCACGGCGUUAGACAAGAUGAAGGAUACAGGGCUAACAUCCACCCUUCCCGUGAAACGAGUACGCGAGGACUACCUUCAGAACUUCCGGGAGCUGCAAGAGUCCCCGAGGCCGCACGAGCUGGAACAGGUGGCGGCGUUUACGGAGACGGUUAGGAGGGUACAGAAGCGGGGCAGCGACACGGUGCUGCAGAUGGCCUGCGGGCUGCAGGAUCUGAUGCGGGGUGGCAAGCGGGAGGAAAGCGAGGCGCUUGGGCGGAUCCAAGAUUUCUUGGACGAUUUUUACCAGAAUCGCGUCGCAAUGAGGUUCCUCUGCGGGCACUACCUGGCCCUGUCUUCGACACAGCGGGAUGGCUUCGUGGGCCUGGUCCAGCGAGGGGUUAGCUUGGCGGGGAUCGUGCAGUCUGCCGCGGUGGAGGCCGCCUCGAUUUGCUGCCACGCCCUUGGCGCCUGCCCCGAAGUCCGCUUGAGCGUCGACCCGGCGGGGGACGGCCUCGUCGCCGCGGUGCCGGAGUACGUCCACUACGUCAUCCUCGAACUGCUCAAGAACUCCAUGCGCGCCACGAUGCAGGCACACGGCGGCGGCAAAGCCGGGGUCGGGAUGGACGUGGCGGCGGAGGAGGAUGCUCGCGUGCAGGAGCGAGAAGGAGCCGAGGAAGGCGGCGGCUCGAAUAUCGUUUUUGCGGACGUGCCCGAGGUGGUGAUUUCCGUGAGGCCUCAUGGCGAGGAUGACGUCAUGCUCGUCGUGACGGACCAGGGCGGGGGGAUUCCGGCGGAGGCUACAGACAAGCCGACUCUACGCUCGGAAUUUCGGGGGUGA